GAAGGAUCGAAAAAAAUGUCAGAACAAAUUGUCGUUUCUCACUUCCGUUCGACGGAUUUGAUUCAACCGUUGAAAGAACAGCAGCCGGACACGGUCCACUUCAACGGGACGUUCAAGCUGCGGCAGUUCAAGUCCAACCCGGAUCUGGCGGCCCGUAAAGCCGUGGAAUACAACCGGUUCGAUCGGAUUCCGUCGCCCCCGGUUUGUGGCCCGCAAAUGUUGCUGAUGCACCGGAAGCUGGAGAAGCUCAAUCCACCCGUUCGGCGCGUUGAAAAUACAUGUCUGUACAUCCGACCUCGAUCAAUGGAAAACAAACAAUGUGCAAUUAAACAAGAUGUAGGAAGUCCGUCGGGCAAUGAAGAGGACGAUAUCAGACAGAUUUGUGAUGGAUUUGGUCAACAGAUGACGCUAUUGAAAUAA